CCCAUCGGCUGAAUCUCCUAGCCAAUCAUACUUACUUCCCCUUUUUGCCGAAUACUACGAACUAUAUUCCCCUAAGAAGGCCUGGUGGAGGCUAGACCAGUUCGGGAAGCGUGCAGAGGUUACUAGCUUCUGGUGGCAAAACCUUCUCUGGCGGUAUAACUUUCGUUCUCUCGCAAAACAACGCGUUUUAUACCACAGCGCAAUAUCAAGACUCCCACCUGCUCGGAAGCCUGCACAGGAGGCUAGGAGGUUACCCGAUGAUGGCGGCAUCGCUGGUAGAACAGCUGGGGUUACGUGCUGCCCUGCAGGACCCGGAGGAGACCGCUGCGAUACGGGAGGCGGUGGAGACCACCGUGCAGGCCUUGGCACGCGGGGUCGCACAGAGAGAUGCCAGAUUCGAAUGUGAGGUGAUCCCAAGCGGUAGCUUCUACGAAGGAACGAAGAUCGUGAAAGCUGACGAGUUUGACUACAUGCUGUGUCUAAAGACCCUGAGUGUCGGCACAACUUCCAACAGUGGUCAGCCUCAGCCGGGUACUGAAGAUGUUGAGAUGUACAGGACCAGCCGAGAAGCUACAGAUCCAUAUGUUCAUGUUAGGUUGGUGAAGCCAGAACUUCAGGAGAUGUGGCAGGACUGUCUCGUAGACAAGCCCAUGGCAGCCGAGAUUUCUAAGAAGCUAUUCGGAGAAGACAUCGGGAUAGCGCUGCUCAACGGGGGCGAGCUGAAGGCGGCCUUCUACCAUCAUGUCAAGACGGUCUUACCAGAGGUUAUACACAAGAGGCUGAGGUGGUCCACUUCAAGUCUGAUGAUACUGGAACGAAUCUUAGGGCAGGAGGGAGGGGAGGUGCGAGGGGUACCGGAGCAAGUGGAUUUCGUCUGGGAUGGCGACACGACCAAACGCAUCUCUGUAGACGUCUGCCUGACGCUUCACGUCAACCGAAGGAGCCGUUUGUCUGAUGUGGAUCGCCGGUAUGGUCCCUCCAGUCCGCACAAGGAAAUCAUCGAGGAGGCGGUAGGGUUAGGCUUUCACGUGGUCCCGAAAUUCCACUUAUUCUGGCGUCUGUCUUGGUCCAGGGCAGAAGCAAGCGUGCUCGCUAACGUCUUUAAGAAGGCGCCCUCUGCAAGGCAGGUCUACAAAGUAGCCAAGUUCAUCAACGAAAACCACUUCCUUGACCACUACAACGUGCCGAGUAAGAUCAGCGACAGUUACGCACUGAAGACCGCCCUAAUGCACACAUGGUUCGGUACAGAAGAAGAAGAAUGGGCAGAUGUUGGGUCGGCUUUUAUCCUGUAUCUUCAGAAGCUUCACGGCUGCAUCAAAGAAGGGAACCUGCCGCACUUCUUCGUGACGACCCACAACUUGUCACCGCUGACAAACUGGUCUGUCAGCAAGGCAGCCGCACUGAGAGAGUGCAUCAACCAGAUCAAGGCAGGAACAGACGUGGACACUUUUCUGAAAAGUCCCAUCGUCAUAGAGCCAACAGAGGAACAGAGAGCGAGUAUGAAGUCGCUACGAGACCGCAAAAUAAGAGUGGUUACACCUGGGGUGCUGAAACCGCCGGAAUCUCUCAAGAUGGAAAACAUCCUCAGGGAACUUCAGAAGGCGGAAAUGGAGGGAAACAGAAAGGAGGAAGGAGCAGUCGGAGGCCAGCAGGAAGAUAAUCCCAUGGGUGGGCGUGAGGAAGAUGCAGAGUCAAUCUUGGAUGGUGUUGCGAAGACAAUCAAAACAUUGAGAGAUGAAGAACGUAGUAAAGGAAACCUGUAA